GAGAAAUGAAUUUGUCUAGGGCAGUAGGUGUCCUUUUUUAGCUUGGAGUGUAGCUCACAGAGAUCGAAACAGGUCAGCUGAAUCAGAUCCGGACAAUAUCCACCAAUCAAUUUUAUUCUUGAUGCAGAAAGCGUGUUUUUUUCCAUGACAAGUCCAGUUUUCGCUAGAAAAAGCAUGAAAAUCUCACCGUUUUUAUUGAUCCAAAUUAAUUUGCAAUUUUUUUUCGAUUGAUCCAUCCCAAAUCGUUUCGAUCUUUGUCAGAGAGUCUCGGACUGACUCUGAAGCUGCCCUCUUCCAAAUGUCAGCGUAUUUUGCUCAUAUAAGUUUACCAAGUGGUUGGAACCUAAUUCUCACUAGUAUACCAAUAAAGAUGCCUCGACACUCAACACAAAUGAGACUGAACAGAUGUAAUUUUGAAUGAAAGAACUUUGAGGAUCUUCCCUCGAGGAGUUGACGAUUAGUACUGGCUUUGACUGUGCCUAACAGACUGUUAGUUGAGUUUAAAACUCCAGUGCUGGCGAAUCAGCCAUAGUAAGUAUUCAUUAUACAAACAACGGUAUUUUUAGUAUUAUAAAAUAGUUUUCUUAAUCGUUAUUUUUUCUUUUGUUCUUUUAGUUUCGUUUUAAUAGUGAAAAUACAUCACAAUUAAUAAAAGUUUUAGAUCAACAACCACGUCAACAAUCAGGACCACCUGUUGUAACAACCGCUGCGGGUCAAAAUCGUCAACAAAUAAUAAAACGCAAUAACGUACCAUACAAUAAAAGACUUUCACCACCUAUAUCUGAGGUAAAUACGGCACUUAGAACAGAUUAUGAAACAAGGAUUGAUUGUACAAUAACAGACGCAAUGAAAGAAAUAAUGGCACGAUUAGGUUCAACACAUAUUAAUGUAGACGACCAUCUUAAAAAACAACAAAGACGAAUAACUAAUGAAACAAAUUUGGUUAUUCAACAUAUAAUAACUGAGCAGCAUAAUGAACAAAGCCGUUUAUUAGAACAUAUUAAUAAGAAACAAUGUGCAGUCGAAGAAAAGUAUCAACAAUUACUAGUACAAGAAAUUAAGAAAUUAGAUAAAUCAAAACACCAACAAUUAGAUAGUUUAAAAGAAGAAUUGAACAGAUACCAAGGAGCUAUAAUACAAACUUCAGAACAUAAAAUGAGGUAUUUAAAUCAACAAACACAACAAACAAAAUUGUUUAUUGUAGAGCAGGCUCUAGAAGAAGCUAGUAUUAAAAUGAAUAAAUUACACAAAGAAGUACAAGAUGUUUCAAUUGAUGAUCGACUACAGCAAAUGCAGAGUACAGUUGAUACAAAGAUAGCCACAAAUAGUAGAACACCUGGGUAA